UCCCCUCCUCUCCUCUCCUCUCCUCUCUCCACAGCAGCGCGUCUCUCACCGCACCUUGGAUGCCGUGUGACCCAGCAGCACUAAGCGGAGAAAGCGUCAAGCAAACGUCUGCACACCAGCACUGCAAAAAUAAAACCCAAAACGAUGACAUUCUUACAGAUACGACAGAAGCAAACAAUUAUUUGACAACUUCCGACCCUGCACAUUGCCUUCACCGCUCCUUGCUUCCUGCUCCAACUUUCCCGGCCCUCCAGUCCAACGGGACCAUGAUGCUCAGCAGCUCCGUGGAGGUGCCCAGCCCAGGAGGGAUGAGCGGCCUUAGCGGGCUGAGCGCGGCAGCCCGGAACGUGGUGCGCUCCUCCAGCAUUUCGGGAGCCAUGUACAGCCUGGAUAAGAGUCCAGGCAGCGGGGGCCCGGACUCCACAUCCCUGGCUGGCAACAAGAAGCGACGCUCCAGUCUGGGUGCCAAGAUGGUGGCCAUUGUGGGGUUGUCGCAGUGGAGCAAGAGCACGCAGCAGCUCAACCAGCAAGAUGGUGGGACUAAGAAGCUUCGCAGCACCAUCCGACGGAGCACGGAGACCGGCAUUGCCGUGGAAAUGAGGAACCGAGUGACACGGCAGGGCAGCAAGGACUCAACCGACGGCAGCACCAACUCAAACAGCUCUGAUGGAACAUUUGUCUUCCCUACUACACGCCUGGGGCCUGAGAGCCAGUUCAGUGACUUUCUGGAUGGACUAGGCCCCGCUCAGAUCGUAGGCCGGCAAACAUUAGCUACACCCCCCAUGGGGGAUGUCCAUGUAGGCAUGGUAGACAGAGGAGGGCAACUGGAGGUGGAGGUCAACCAGGCCAGAGGGUUGACCGCCAAACCGGGCUCCAAGAACAUACCAGCGACCUACGUUAAGGUGUAUGUGCUGGAGAACGGAGUGUGCUUGGCCAAGAAGAAAACCAAAGUAGUGAAGAGGAAUCUGGACCCCACCUACCAGCAGGCUCUCUUGUUUGAUGAGAGUCCUCAGGGCAAAGUCCUACAGGUAAUAGUGUGGGGGGAUUACGGGCGUAUGGACCACAAGUGCUUCAUGGGAAUGGCCCAGAUCCUCCUGGAGGACUUGGACCUGUCUGCCACAGUCAGUGGCUGGUACAAGCUGUUCCCUACCUCCUCUCUGGCAGAUCCCAGCAUCGGACCCCUCACCAGACGCCUCUCUCAGUCCUCCCUGGAGAGCGCCACCAGCCCUUCAUGCACCUAGACACCCAGUAGAAACCCACAUGCACGGGCACAGGCAGAAGUCACGUAGACAUGGACACACGUACUGUAUAUACACAACGACUGUAUUUGUGCAAGUGCAAGACAGGUACACAUACACACAUACACACACGCACACACACACACAGACAGACACACACCCACACAUACAUACUCAUGUGCAUCUGUGCAGGAAGACACAUUUGACAUAUAGGUGCAAACACCCGAUCAUCCACAUGAAUACACACACUGACACGCUGCCAUAUCUGAUACCGGACAUUACACUCGACGUCCAUAAUAUCACCUAGUGAUCAGUGUUUUGAGUUUAAAAAAAAAAAAAGUUUAGCAAAUUCAACUCGAAGCAGAUAUGAUUUACCAGAACAUGUAGCAUUUUUCACUCUCCCAUUUCAACACGACACAAUGACCCACCGGGUGCCAUAUUCUGCAUUCCAAGGUACCAGAUUUCCGUGGCACGACUCAUCCCAGGGCCAUCCCGAUGCCAGUUUCUAAACUCUCUAUGCCAAACUAAGAAAAAAAAAACUUUAUUUUUUAAAACCAAAGCAAUUGUUAUUGUUGUUAUUAUUACUAUAAGUAGUAGAUGAACUAGUAUACAAUAUAAAGUAUGGAUAUGUAGCAGAGUCAAUGACUUAGAUGUAAUGCAAAAAAAGAAGAUUCAUUCUACACACAUGAGCUGAGAACGCUAGGCCAAACACAUAAACACACCUGGGAAACAGGCUUGGAUAUUCACAUAAUGGCUAUUAUGUGAGGUAGCAACACUGCUAUUCUAUAAUUUUCACAGGGCAGAGUUUAUAUAUAGAUAUACAUAUAUAUAUAUAAAUAGAUAGUUAAAUACUUAUUUGUGUUUAUGUAUGUGUCGGCUGCAUUCUGCAUGUUUGCUUGCAACCCUCGUAGAGACAUUUUAAAGUGCUUCAAUCUUUUAAUUUAGCUUGACCAAUGUUACAGGAGUAAUAGCGCCACUUUAUUUUGCAAUGCGUCCUGAGAAAAGAGCACCGCACUGAGCAGAGGGAGAAGGAUGGAUGGGGUUGACGGGGAGAGCGCUGUCAUGGCCAUCUGCAGAAGAAGAGAGCAAAUUAGUCAGCCAGCUACCCAUUUCUGAUCCUGCCUUCAUCUUUAGAGCAUAAAAGGACUGUUGUACCACACGGGGAACUCAGCACAAAGGCGUUCUGGAAAGCGUGUCCAGCUCUUGUAUGGGGUUCUUGUGUUUGACAUUGAGGGAGUGGCACAGUCACUCUCUCCAUUUAUAUAUAUAUAAUAUACCAGCACCUAGACUUGUUUGAACUUCCUGUUGAUUUCCCACAUUGUGAUGUCAUCUUUUUGUCACACCCCUUCCUUAACCGAUGAAGGGAGUAGCGUGCCUCUGUCUCUCUCGCCACGUGUGGUCAGAUCACAGCCAAACACGCAAACACAAGGCAAACACGCACACAACUGGUACCAACUACAACCUUUAACCCUCCUACCUUCUCUGUGGUCACCCCUCUCCGUCACACUGACUGUAACUAAACCUGUUGUAAAUGUUUAAACGUGUAUUUGAUUCCAGAUGAGUUUUUUUUUUCUUUUUGAUAUCUGACUAUUUACGGUGAUUGUUAACCUGCCAUGUACGGGCGUUUUACUUGUUUCAGGUGCAAUAUGUCACUCUUCAUAUUUCCUGUCAGGCUGUAUGUAAUGAAGAUGGCACUUUACUGUAAAAUAUGUAUUAUGUUUGUGUUACAAACAUGCAGUGGUUGACCACCUGUUUAUUUAUUUUUUUAUUUUAUUUGGUCACACUGCAUCUGAAUCUUUUGUUUGAAUGCCAGCAUGGAAAUGUAACUCGAGGAUAUUUUGAAUUUCAGUGCGAAGGCCCACUACGAGAGCCGAAACAGGUCAGUUCUGCUGCUGAUUAAAUCUGAGCGGUCACCACAGUCAUUUAUUUGACAAACAAAUUAUAUUUAGAACUAUUUAAAAAGACAAAAUGAGUAAGUAGGUGCAUUUGAAACACAUUUACAUCUUGUAAAGAUGUCUCAGAGUGACAAAGCAUUUACUUUUGCAUUUGUGUUAUUUAAAGAAAUAAUUCAACUCCAAUCCAACUCAACAAUUUUGACCUCUUGAAACGAACAAAUGCUUUUAGCAUCUCCUUUUUGAGAAAAACAGCCCAGGCAUGUUUUCCUUGAGCAAUUGCGCAGAUGUCCUUAUUAUGUGAAGACAUUUUAUUUGUAUUUGAAAACACAAGGUGAGACUGACCUGUCGGCUGUUUAAGUAAAAUGUGUUAGGUUGACUCCUUCCAUGAUAGCAGAGGAGUAGCAGGACAAACUGAACUACUGGUGUUAACUUUUUUCUUUAAGAUGAACAUGUAUUUUUCUUUUCAGCUGUUUUUUUUUUUUAGUGUAUUUUGAAUCUGUCUGUCUUGAGACCAACACCAAACCUUGUGUAUGGAUAAUGACACUAAAGACUGUCGUAUUCCGGUAAUGUUUAGAGACAUAAUAGUCUCUAGCUAUAGGCUAUCAAAGCUUGUGCGCGUUCAUGAGCUCACAUUUGGUUUUAUCACGUCCAUAUGUUCUGCAUAUCGUCUGCUGCUGCUCUGUAGCUCGUUCCUCUCGUCGUCCUUCUGCAAAAAGGGAAACUCCGAGGCAUUUUGUCUUCUCAGCACCUCAGACCAACAGAAUUCACAUUUCAAUGCUCUUUGAACUUUGGAUAAAGGGAUCUCUGGCAUUCUUGAAUUUUAUGGGAGGGAGAAGAUGGUCAGUUUUGACCUUCCCAUCAUGUACAACCCUUUUUAAAAGAACCAUCAAGGUCCUGGUUCCAAUUUCUUUGUAUCUUUUGGAGCUAUUCCUUGAUCUGUAACUGUAAUGGUCAUGUAUAUGAAGUAAUUUUAUGUACCUUAUUAAUUUGUAUCUAUUUUUGUGCACAGCUGGCAUGAUGUAAAAAUAAGGACUUAUACUCUUGGUAUUUGCACACAUUCUCUUCAGUGCGCGCCUUUUGUGAACAUGAAAAAAUCUUGGUAGACGAGAGAGAAAAUACAUCGAAAGAACAUAGAACAACAAAAAACGAGACAGAUAUCUAAAAGAAAUUUCUAGACUUGUAUAACGUCCCUGCUGAAUGUUUGGUCCUUCGUAAAUACUGUUAAUAUUUUUCCAUGUGAUUUCCAAUACUUUGGAGCUUAUAUACAAAUGUAUAUGUCACUUUGCUGUUUAUCGAGUAGCCCUAAACAUUACCAGAUGAAGAUGGAAAGUAGGGGAAGAAACAAUGCUAAGAUAUAUAUAUAUAUAUAAAUCCUAUAAGAAGUGUUUUUAUUCAGUGCAGAGAGCAUUUGCGAAAUUUUGAUUCCCGCAACCAAAAGGAAAGUUGCAAUAUUGCCUUUCAUCAAAGUGUAGCGAGGGUGUAUGUCUUUGACUGAGGUGUAUUUAUCGUACCGCGUGAUGCAUACUGUUAUAAUGAGUGGCAGGGCGGCAAGAUGUGAGUGAGAGAUUUAAAUGUGUAGAUAUUUGUGAAAAACACCACUUGUAAACUCAAGUUGUAGACCACAGUCAAGAUAACUUAAGGAUCAGGGUUUUUCAGAAAUGAAACAUUAACACCUUUUUCUCUUGUCAUGGCAUUUACCAUAUAUUAGAACAAAUGUACUGUAGUAUCACAUGAUUAACAUGCAUUGUCUCAUCACAUGGUCAUUAUUUAUUUGGACACAGUCUUUUUUUGUGAGUAAAAAAAAAAAAGGAUGCUUACGAACAGCAGGUCAGAGUUGCAGCAGGCUGUCGGAGAGAGUGGAAAUGGUUUUUCAAAGCCGUGUUGAGGCUUCGACUUUUUAAAAGUGUGAAAGUAGAUGCAUCCAAGCAGGUCAGCUAAAUUGUUGGAUUAACCAAAGUGUUGAUUACAGACACGUACAAGCAGUUUAUGGGAAACAGCAUGGAGCAUGUGGAGCUUGGCGAACAGUGUCUUAGAUAGGUAAAGAUUGUAUUAGCUUGAGUUAGACAGUAUCUCUACAUGGCUCCGCUCAGGUUUAAAAGCAAAGGCUGUGGUUGCUUGGAAUAUAAACCCAUACACUUGCUUGCUUCCUUGUAAAAUUCACAUUGAGCAUUCUCCAACUCAGUUUUAUUGUGUGCAAAACUUUUUCUAAUGCAUCUUCAAUCAACCUGAAUUGUCUCGAGUGCUAUGUUAAAAUACGUAUUUUAUUUUUGUAAGGAGAGAGGUAUUAUUUAGAGAAAGAAGAGUGAGAUUCCUAGAGGCGGCGUGGACAAAACCUGCCUUUAGAUUUUUCGCGAAAAUGAGGGCUUGUUCGGUUUACAAUGGCCUUAUUUUGUGUAGGAGACAUUGCUUCACUAUUGUAGCACACAACUGAAAGUUUUGACAAAUGUAUUUUGCUUGAAAUAUUGUACUGAAGUUAUAUAUGUCUAUAUGUAUAGUUUUAUGAAUGUAUUUCUUAAUCCUUACACCAGAACUGAGUGUAAUUUUUUUGUCAUCUUGUUUGCUAUACCGUCUCUUUGAAGACUUUCCAGGGAUCUCUCCUGCAUUGGUUCAGGUAUCCCCUACUUUUACUGUACUGUAUACUGUAUGUCAUAUUCUUUGUGUGUUCAUUUAAACAGCUCUGUGGUUGAAACAAGCAUGAACUCUGUCUGGCGAAAUGCAUUUUUUUUUAUUUAUUUAAAUUGCUGAUCGGCAUCAAACAGAAAGGAUUGCUAUUCCCCCCUGGACUGAUUAACUUACCCAUUUAUCAAGCUGAUGGAAUUAUGAUUUUUGUACUUUGAACUAGAAAAUGUUUGCAGCAUGGUUACUCUGAUGAUUUUCUUGUAUUUAAUCUUUAUGAUGGUAUGAUUAUGAUGAUAAUAAUUAUGAUAAUGACAAGAGGGGAGUUGUGGUUGAAGUCAAUUAGACCCAGUGCAAUAUCAAAAGAAAUGCUGUAUCUUAAAGUAGCAUGGACUUCUUCUGGAAAUAACCACUGGCUGUAGCCUCCACUGCUCUUCACAUCUGGUCUCUUUCUCAUUCAUUAGAGUUGGGUCGUGGCAACCUCCAGCCGAAUCCGUAUCAGCUGAUUGCGGUCAGAUACGAUAUAAAAUCGAAUCACAUUUUCAAACACCAGAAGCAAUUUACACUCAACAGAGCAUGCACUGUAUUGUGAAUAACUGCUACUUUACGGUGGCCCCCAUGAGCAACACAUUAUUUUAUUUUUUUAUCUUUCGUUUUUUAUUUUACUUUUGUUGUCUAAUGAAGCAUGCGUUCCAUAUGUCUGUUUGCCAAUGUAGCAGCUGUCAACGAGAACAAAACAGACAUUAUUUCAGAGCUGAUGGGCAAAUAGUUGAGUUUUCGCUGCUGAAUAUGCCCAUUUGUCUUCAUCUACAUCUAUAAUUGUCUUUUAAUCAAGGCACAAGUUUCAUGAGUAGCCGUUUUUUGUCCUUUUAGCUGUCUGUCAAAGAAUAUUAAGGCCACUGUAGCUCCCCUCCCCACUGUCAAGACAACCUUUCAUUUUAUCAAGCCCAGCAAAGCACAAAACAAGAAUACAACCUGAACUGAUGGCUGAAUGUGGAACCUUAAAGAUAAACCUAAUCUUUGGUUAUAUUUAAUGGAUCACAAUGAUAUUCCCAUCUUGGAAUCAAAUGGAAAGAUUCAAGGGAGCAUUGAAACCUUCAGCCAAGUUAAAUUGGAUUGCUGGUGUUGGUAGAUGAGCGUUUGUCUUUUCUUAACUGGCCUUAACCUUUCCACUGAGAGUACGUUUUAAAGGGCAAAGCAUAGCAGACCGUCUGAUGAAAGGAUGCUGUUUGUGGCGAAGAAGAAAAAGGGAGCUGUAAUUUUAUACCUGUGCUUUGUAAAUGUUUUCUAUGUGCAGUAUUUGAUAAUGUAAAACUGGUAUUUUUGUGGUUUGUACGCUGCAGAAUUGAUUACUUAAGGUGCACGUAGUUUUGUAAGAAAAUAGAACCAAACUGAGGAAAAAAAAUAAUUUCGGAUUCAGAAGCCUGUAUUUGCA